AGUGUCAGUUACUCUCUAAACGGUAAUCUUUAUUUAGAUCCAAAACAUGGCUUCUACCACCAAUGAUCCAGAUUUUGCAUUUUUGGAACAUGUUCAAGAAUACCUUCUUUGUGAUGAUUCCAGUUUUCAAACAUCUUAUCAAUCUUUUUCAAGCCCUAAGAGUGAUAGUGAUUCAGACAAAUCUGUAGGGGCUGUUGAGGUUAGCGUAGCUCCUGUGUCAUGGAAGCGGUACAAGGGCGUGAGGCGUAGGCCGUGGGGGAAGUUUGCGGCGGAGAUCAGAGAUCCAAAAAAGAAUGGCGCUAGGGUUUGGUUAGGGACUUAUUUGACCGAGGAAGAAGCAGCUUUGGCUUAUGAGAAAGCUGCUUUCAAGAUGCGUGGUCAUAAAGCCAAGGUUAAUUUUCCCCACCUUAUUGGCAACGACGUGUCUAUGUUAGAUACGUCAGAGCCAAAAAGGGAGGUGGUUUUGAAACGGGACUCACCCGAGCCUUCUUCGUCUGAGGGAAGUUGUGAGUCAUCGUCACCGGGGUCAAAGAGGAGGAGGGGUAUGGCUGACCUACUUAACAAAUUAGCCAAGAAUAGAAGUCAAGCCAUGGUGGUUGAAAUUGGAAAGAUCUCACAGGAAAAUGACUUUGAGCAAUGGGUGAAUGAGUUGAGUGAUUGCACUCUAAUCUGGAGCUCCUAGAGUAGUUUUGUUAAUUUUAUGUUUUCUUUUGAUUUGUGCAGUUUCUUAAUAUUUUUUUGCAUUACCCGGUUGAUAUUAAUGGGGUGAUGUUUGAGCAAAACUACAACAAUUAAUGUUGUUAUUUUUCCAAAAGAACGUUUCUUUUGGAUUUGAUGUUAAGUUGCAAAAAGAAAGAAAGCAUAUUAGAGAUGCACAAAUUCAAUUUAUCUCUAAGGGAAUACUUAUAUGCGUACCAAACCGAUACUUACUUCUUCGAUCUGUCGUAAUUAACAUCACUUUCACUUGAAUAUUAUGGUGUUGGGUUAUACGAGGAAAAGAAUAACUAUAAAUAAAUAGAAUUUGAUAUUAUCAUAUUGAUACAAAGACAAGACCUUUUUUUAAUUGCAAUAUUAUGUUGUUGGAUUAUAAGAGGAAAAGAAUAACCAAAUACACAACACGACUGUAUGCCAAAUUAUAAUAUGAAAUCUCCCCUUAAGUAAACUUUCACUCCUAGAGAUUAAAAAAAAACUCAAAUAGUAAACUAAAAUCCUUAGGGAGAACUCAAAUAGUAAACUAAGAUCAUUGCGGAGAAUUUAGUGCAUUCCGGUCACUUAAAGGUCCUACAUUAGGUACUAGAGACUAGAUUAUGAGUAACAAAUAGAUGUAAGGAAGUAUCUAACGAAUCCCACACAAAAUACAAGAGAGACCCUCUGGUCCAAAAAAAUAUUCCACUUGAAUAAAUUGUCUCUUAAAGGAAUCUAUCCAGCAAUAGCUGCUAAGAAAAGAUCAUCAUUUUAGAGGGAGCUCAACUAUCU